AUGCCUGCAACCAAAGAAAUUUCUGAUUACGAAGUUCUCAAGGCAUGGGGUGGAUGGCACAAUUUCUUGCUUUCCUAUGGUCUGAAGCCUUACAAUAAGGACGAUGUUGAAGAGGGGAAGGCUAUUCUGGCGGUUAUUAAGCGCAAUGCCCAGGAGGAGAAAGCUGAAGGAAGCAAGAACUGA